GACUGAUCAUAGAUUUCAUGACAGUGUCACAAUUUUGUUGACUUCUAAAUCUUUAUCAAACAAAUUACAUUUUCGUUGUUCCUUCGCAUAAUGCGUGUAAAUUCAUUGUUUUUAACUCAACAUUCAAUAUAAUCCAAAUUUAUACCAUGAUUUCUUAAUAAAUUUAAAACAUUUUUGUAUCUUUGUGACCCUGAAGAUUUUCAUUUCAUUAAGAGUAACAAAAUGAAUUUUAAUAACGAUUUAUUUGAUGGUUUUAUCGAUGCUUCUCGCUUGUGUUCUUCUCUUGACAUCUCCAGUCGACGAGGAAUAGAAAAACAGGAACGAUUCUACGACAGAAAUGUUAUUGUUGCACCAGCAUCAAAAAUCCGAUAUGCUUAUUCCUCCCGAAAAACUUCCCGCCUAGACUGCUCAAAAUUAAAACGCAAAAGAGAGAAAGCCAUUCAAAAUAAAAUUUACUACCCGGGUUCAGACUCAGAUUCCGCUGGUUCAAUACCAGUUCCAAGCAUCAAAGACAAUCCUUUCAUGCAAAGAAUACCAAUUUACCUCUAUGAACAUUAUGACAAGAGAAAUAAAUACCUUCCUAAAGCAUCACGGCGUAUUUAUAAAUGCAAAAUGAACCCGGGUGCUUGUCCUCCAGAUUGCGCCUCGGAAAAUGUCCCAACUGAAGAAACACCAGGAGUAUUAUACAGAGAUUCUCCAAGAACCGAAGUAGUCUACGAAAAGGAACCAAAAAGUAGCGCACGUGUAUCUUUUAGUAAAAAUGAAUCAAAACCACCGGAAACUGAAUGUUGCCUCAAAGAAAAAUUAUCAAAAGUUAAGAAACAUCUAAAAGCUUACGAUGACUUAAGAAGAUGUCCGCCGAUUGAUGAUGCUGAUGGUUAUAAUGAACAAGAAUUAAAUUCAGUGCAGUUGAAUCAGAAGAGUUCUUCGAAAUCAAAGAAGAGACGGCCGAUAUGUUGUACAAAAAGUACAGAUUCUGCGACAAGUCGAGAUAAUAAACCUCCGGAAGGGAAUAAAGAAAUACCUAAACCAGAAUCGGAAUCAUCUCGAGCACCUACAUAUCAUUUAUCCACUCAGGACAUGUCAUCCUUGAAUGAUAAAAAGUGUUCUGAAGGAGUUUGUAAGAAAGAAUGUCCAAAUCUAAAGAAGAAGUCUGAGAAAGUUUCUAAACCAAAAAGUCUUCGGAAUUUAUAUUUAUCUCUGAAGAAACACACAACCUCAAAAACAUCCCAAACGCAAAUCGAAAAAAAAUCUGAGUGUAAAAUUGAAAUCACCGAAGAUUCUGUGAUUAAAUGUCAAUCUCAGUCUCAAGUUGAAUCAAAACCAUCUAAAUCUAAGUCAAAGUCUAAAGUAAAAAAGGAACCAAAUUUGACACUGCAAUGUCUUCCACCUAUAGAAGUAGCUCCGUGUGUAGCACCGUGUAAAGACUGUACAGAACUUGAAUGUGACAAACAGAUGGCGGCGGAUGUAGCUGCGCCUUGUGUUUGCUACCAAAAUGGAAGAUCUAGUCAAUCGUAUAGCACACCGACAUAUGCAACGACUAACAGUACACCUGGUUAUGGAUCUAGUUCUAAAUAUCAUUCUAAACCUAAAAGUUCGGAUUAUUACACCGGAACUGCAACAGGAACAGGACAUACAACCCACAGUACAGGAGGUUAUAGCGGAAUAGAAUAUUAUUAUGGUACGGGGAGGGGUAUUAAAGAAAGUAAACCUGCAGGAGAUGGGGAGGGAGGUGAAAAUGGUGGUGCACAACAACAUCAUCGACAUGUUGUUAAACCUGGGUUUGCAUGUGAUUCACAUACCUGCGGAUUGGGUGCACAUCCAGUUGAAGUUGGUUAUGCAACCACAAUUGUCACAAGAUACAAUAAAUACACAGUGUUUGAAAUAUUGAGACCGUCGAUUAAAAAACCUCCGUCAAUGUGUCAUGUCACUGAAAAUGUUUUCGUUGUUAGGAAUAAAUUUCGAAACCGUUAUUUUCAAAUUUCACAUCAAGAUGGCGCUACAAUGCAUAAAUAA